GCGUUUCUAGCGGACUCCGCCACGCGCACGGGAUCUUAUCAGAUCAGAUUGUUGCAGAAUCUUAUCUGAUUUCCGCAUCUUCUCCGAAUUCCAGCCGUAGUGAUAAAGCGACGUCGAAUAUCUUCCAUAUUGAUCUUUCCUUAUGUCUUCUACCGCAACACCUGCGGGGUACAGUGCCGAACGCUUCGUUGCACCAGCUGAACAAACUUUCAAACUCCCGGAUGGCUCUUCGGUUAACAGUGUGGACACGGAAGGUGUGAUCACCAUUACCAGCGGUAAUUCUGUGGUCGCUUUCUCACCACAAGAGCGUGUUGUUCGAGUCAGUCCGUACGGUAUUGUCAAUGAAGAUCGGGCAGUUUCAGAAGCGGUCUUGCUGAUCUCAAGCACGACACCAGUAACGGCGCGAGACCUUUGGGUCUCCAUUUAUGCGUUAUGGCUACGAAGAAACGAAGAGGACGUUGCUCCUGUGGUCAUCGAUGAAACAUUAUUCAAUGGAAUCGAGUUGCAGAAUUAUCUCACUCACACCGGCCUUGGAUAUGUCCCAGAUGCCUCAGAUCCGACGACUCUCCUCCUCUCUCGUCCAGCAUUCUGGCAGAGUGCAGGUGCUCCACCUGGAAUGUCCUGGCUGCGCGAUCCUAUCCCAUCACCGUUGCUAGCGCCAACGCCAUCACUCUUUCCUUACGUCCAGUCUUUCACUCGUGGCCCCCACGUCUUGACCACACAUCCUCUUCGGCCACCAAAACCAGUACCAGGGUCCGUGAUAUACUCCCGAUAUAUCAACUGCCUAGGUGAACUCCUCACAUUCACCCAUAUCGAUGCAUCGAACCCUGUACACUUCGAGGCCUAUACACGCUGGCAGAAUUCUGAUCGUGUGAACGUUGGAUGGAGAGAGAGGGGCGAUGAUGAACAUCAUCGCACAUACCUUAAGGACCGACUGGCUGACCCGCAUAUAAUGGGAUUUAUCGUGUCUUGGAACGGAGAAGCAGCAGGUUACGGGGAAAUUUCAUGGGUAAAGGAGGACCCUAUGGGAACAUAUGUAGGCGGAUUGGGAGACUAUGAUCAAGGCACUCACCUGCUCGUGGGCGAAGAGAGGUUCAGAGGCCGACAGCGAUUCACCGCCACCAUGACUUCGAUGAAGCACAUGUGCCUCCUUCGCGAGCCCAGGACAGAGGUCGUCGUCGGCGAGCCCCGCGCAGAUCUGCCCAUUAUCCCUCGUCUCAUUGCGUACUUGCCUCAAGAGUUCAACAGGGAGUUCGAGCUACCACAUAAAAGAGCGGUAUACUUUGUGCUCAGGCGAGAACGCUUCUUCCAGGCAGCAAUGUUGUACUAGCUACGGAGUGGUUCGUCGCUCCGAAUAUGAGCUGUAGUCGCGAGACGUACAAUUCUUGUUCGCCAGUGUCCUAGUGCUUGGUGUCGCACUAACAAAGGCGGGCACCUAUAGUAAUCGUCGUCGUCGUACUGU